CUCAAGCAGCUAAUCGUAUGUCACAGCGUCCAAGUAAAACAGCCACAAUAUACUGAGAUUCUUAGUCAACUACCAAGCUGUCUCUUCGAAUACCUUUCGCCAGUCUAGUCCGUCGCAGCAAGCGGUCCACCACCAUGUCCUUCACCCCACCCUACAAAUACAUCACCGCCUCCGAGCUCGCUGAAAAGGUCAAGCAGGCCGAUCCUCAGCAAGUCCAGGUGAUCGACGUACGGGAUGACGAUUUUGUAGGAGGAAACAUUGUUGGAGCAAAGAAUUCGCCGAGUAAUGCUUUCUAUGACAAUGUCAAGGAGUUGGUAGAGGAGAACAAGGAUAAGAAGACAAUGGUAUUCCACUGCGCUCUCUCCCAAGUCCGAGGACCCAAGUCGGCCCGGAUAUAUUCUGAAUUGCAGAAAGAGCUACACCCUGAUAGCAAGCAGGAAGUUCUUGUCUUGCGAGGUGGAUUUACCGAGUUUGCUCAGCAGUACAAGAACGAUCCUGCUUUGGUCGAGAAGUACAACAGCAUGUAUCACGAUCAAUGAACGCCCCCAAGAUGGACGAAGAGUAUGAUGAAUGUACGACCUCCUCGCGUUGUACAUAUCGAAGAAUCACGAAACAUACAGCAUGACUGGGUAGACAA